GUCACCUCAACGUAUCGGUCAGACAGAAGCUACCGACGAGCUAGCAGCGCUAGCAUGGUCUCAGUGGAGCUGGGGGAAGGUCGACAGUAGGACAGCAGCAUCCUCUCCUAUCCUUUAAUCAACCUGUCAUUAUUUCUUUGACAACACAGUGUUAGAAGACGAAGUCUGUCUAUUUAAAUUCUGUGGCUUUUAAGAAAGGUCCUUAGCUAGCUAACCAGCUAGCUUCAAGUUCCGCUUCAUCUUCACCACAAACAUCUACAACUAUGGCUGCGCUGAGAGCCUCCUAUCACAGGAUUUUGGAUAAGGUCGAGCAUAUGCUGCCGGCCAAACUGAGACCUCUAUACAAUCACCCGGCAGGUCCAAAAACAGUUUUCUUCUGGGCCCCUGUGUUUAAAUGGGGUCUGGUUGCUGCUGGUUUGGCUGAUAUGACUCGGCCAGCAGAGAAACUCAGUACCUCCCAGUCUGCAGUGCUGACAGCCACAGGCCUGAUCUGGUCCAGAUACUCGUUGGUCAUCAUCCCGAAGAACUGGAACCUGUUUUGUGUCAACUUCUUUGUGGGCAGCGCAGGAGCCUCCCAGCUCUACAGGAUCUUUAGGUACAAACAGGAUCUAAAGGCCCAGGAGGCCCUAGAGGCUAAAGAGGCUCAAGAGGCUAAAGUGGCUGCAGAGUCCUGAUCGCUCUACUGUUGCCAACACUCCACUUCUUUCCGUGGACUGAACCAGAGACGUCUCACUGGGCACUAACCGGCCCCUUCCCAUCAUCAUCAUCAUCAUCAUCAUCAUCCACAUGUUGUCUCCAUAACACCCAUGCCAUAACUGUUAAUCCACCACAGUAAGCCUGUUGUCCCUGUUGGAAAUGUGCAGUUUUCAUUCAGUUUCAGAUUUCCUCAGGGUGUAAAAAUAAACAAAAAAACACGCAAGAGAACAUUUUUUUAACUGUAGUCAACACACACACUUGAGAAUUGUGGUCAUCAACGCACAAGUUGGACUCGUUCAACAACUUGUAUGAUUGUACAUUCUUUAAUUUAACUUCAUGCUUUAUGCCUCCAGCACUGGUUGGGAAGUUUUUGCACAUUUCCAUCAUUGUUUUUCAGGUGUAGCAAUCAGUACCUCAUGCAUUAAUUUCCCAAAACUAAUGUAACUCUUGGAUAUGUGUUGAAUGUGGUUUAAAGGGAUGUCUUUCCAAAUGAAAUUAAGGCUUUCAUCAUUAUUAAUCUUUUAAUUUUCUUAUUUAUAAUUAGGUGACAGUCACGGCAUCUGUACCAUUAAAUCAUCAAUUACCGUGUAACGAUUCCUUCCAUUAUUAUGGCUUUAAUCUGUGUGAGAGCAAAUCAUAAUUUAUUAGUCACUUGAUUAAAAAUCUCUCUUGUUGUGAAAUCUGUAUAGAAAGAUGCAGUUAUUUUCUGAUUAUUAUUCAGGAAAACUUGCACCAAUGCCACAUCUUUAACCUGUGCAGCUCUUCAGUGAUUGUUACAGAGCCGGCGAGCAAACAAUGACAUGCUAACCGCUCUUUAUUAUCAAAAUCCAGCUGUUGAAUACCUCUUUAUUCCUAGGUGUUUUAUAUUUUGUGUGUGUGAGAAUAAUACUUUCAUUGACAUGUUCCCACUAUAGUUACACAUUAUAACCCCACUGAAUAUUUUAGCAAUAAUUGGUGUCAUCUAUUUUAAAUAUUUCUUAAUCUGCAGACUGUUUGAACAAAUGGCACUUUGAUGGUCAAUCAUUAUGGCUCUGUGGCUAUGUAAUGUAAUGGCUGUGCAAUGCUAAUAAAUCCUGUUUAACAACUA